ACUACAUGUGACUUUUCCGCAUGCUCAACCUUCGCCAGAAUCUUGCAGAAAAACCCUCUGGUGAACCACAUCCCUUCUUGGAAAACUCCUUUUCUUCUAUUCUACAAAAAUGUCAACAAAUAGACGAUUUUACAUAGGCAAUCUCUCUUUGAAAGUGACUAAAGAUGACCUCCGCCAUCACUUUGGUUUAGACAGCACGCCUUACUUGAGAUCAAAUUCAUGGAUUGAAUUAUCUGUGGAACGUCCAGGAAUGUCUCAUGGGUUUGGAUUCAUUAAUGUACCAGAGCAACUGGCAAGUCACUUACUUCAGCUGAAUGGAACAAAACUUUAUGACAGAUUCAUCAAAGUUGAACCAGCUAAUACUCAAAUGGGAGGUCGCAGGAGCAAAGUCUCUAUUCCUUCAAUGUUUCCAUCUUCAUAUGUAAUGCCAAUUCCACAACUGGCUAACUAUCCCUAUGGAAUGAACCAGUAUAGUAAUAACAUGAAGGGUCGACGGAACAGGCAAUUUCCUCAAGGGCCAAAUGAAAUAGUGACUGUUCCAGAAGAUAAAAUUUUACAGCUUAUUGAUGUUGGUGUCAAUCUGCCAAACAAGGCAUUUUCAAGAGAUAUACGAAAUGUCAUAGAACAAGCAGAUUUAGUGGGAAUAAAAAAAAUGAUUUUAACAGGGAACACUUUACAGAUGAGUCAGUCAGCUGUUCUUCAUGCUAAGGCACAUCCUCAUGUCUUAUAUGCAUCUGUCGGUGUACACCCUCAUUUCACAACAAAAGAAUGGAAUGAAAAAACAGCCAGGGAGAUUAAAGAAUUGGCAAAAGACCCAGUAGUCGUUGCUAUUGGUGAGGUUGGUUUGGACUUCCAUAGAAAUUAUUCAGAUGAAAAGGCACAAGUUGAAGCAUUUACAGAACAGGUUGAAAUUGCUUGUGAGGUUCAGAAACCUCUCUUAGCGCAUGAGCGGGCAUCGCACCAGAAGUUUAUUGAGGUGUUGAGUCACUUCAGUGGCAGGUUGCCUUCAAUUGUGAUUCACUGUUUCACUGGUAGUGUCUCUGAAAUGAGUGCCUAUGUUGCCAUGGGAUUUUACAUUGGAAUUUGUGGCUUUAUUUGCAAAGACAGUCCAGGCAAAGCAUUAAGAGAUGCUCUUAAAGAAGGUGUUUUACCACUAGACAGGAUUCUUCUCGAAAGUGAUGCUCCUUAUAUGAUUCCAAAUGCUCCUGAGAAGGAGUUGGACGAUGUAUGCAAAUCACUUCUUAAAAGGUGUCAGCCAGGACGGAAUGAGCCUUGUACUCUUCCUAUUGUGGCCCACACUGUUGCAAAAUGUCUUGGGGUUGAUGCUGAAGAGGUAGCACGAGCAUCAACUGAAAAUGCAAGGCGGGUUUUUGACCUGAAGUUACCUGUUCCUACCACACAACCUGCACCCACUGCCAUUGGGUCUGAAUAAAUGCUGCAUUGUACAAAGAUGAUAAAAACUACUGCACUUAGUCUAAGUAUAUAACAUUUAUCUAUCUCUUUCAGAAUGAACAUUAUGAUACAUGUAGUCAUGCUUAGACAGUUGGUUAUUAUCUAUGCAGGAAGUAUUGGUAGUAAAGGCUCUUCCCUUCUUAAUUAAAGCAGAAUUAAGUCAUUAUUCAUGCUAAACCUGCUGCCAGACCUUCAGAGAAGUUUUCACUGGUGGUACCUGCUUUACAAUUCCCCCAACUUAAUAUUUUUUUUGUCUUAAAAAUGCCAUUUGUUGUCUAAAAAAUCCAAUCAGACAUGGAAGUGGAAAGGAAGUAUUUGAAAGAUUAGUAAUCUGUUACUUUACCAGGUCAUUUUUGACAGAGUAAAGCGAAAAUGCAAGACGAAGUCAGGAGUUAUGCUGACUGAUUAUUGUGCAAUAGAAUUAACCCUUUAACUCCCUGAUUAAAUUUGUAUUUCUCCUUACUGUCAACCAUACAAUUUUUAUGUUCAGAGAAUUUAGUAUUGGAUCAACCAAUUAUCCAUAAAGUUAUAUUUUUCUUUAUUCUCAUCACUUAUCUGAUUGAUAUUGUAAUGAUAAUUUAAGGAGAAAUUCUGUCUUGGUCACUCAUGGGAGUCACAGGGUUAAUGCAGGGUCUCAAUGAUUAUUGCAACACGUUUUAAAUUUAUCCUCAUUUAUAGCCAAGCUAAGGAAUAUUUUGACCCAUCAAUAGGUUAAAUAUAAACAGUUACAAUUUUGACAGAGUUAAAAAGUACAAUUGAAGAGUAUAUUCAAAAGUUAACUGAAAACUAUAGAUAAUAAUGUUUCAAAGAUGUUUAAUAUAAUGUUUUGUUUAUUUACAAAAGUUAAAAAGUUGAAAAGAAAGAAAAAGCACCAUCUACAGAAUGCAGUUAACCAUCUUUUCAGUCUUGUAGAGCUAGAAUACUUCUUAAGGUGUCAGGAUUUUGCUUUUUUCUACAGACAGUUGUGUUUGCUAAUGUACUGUGUAUUCCAUCCAAGCAGAUAUUUAAGUAGCAUCCAUACAAAGGGUGUUUUUGUUAAAUAUGAAAAGAAAGCAACCAUUAAACUUUGGUGUCGGUUUUAAAUCUUGGCUUACUUAAUCUAUUAUCUCUAUUAUUGUCAGUGGCAUGUGAAUCCAAAGAGGCUGAAUUGUUACUCUUGUUACCUCUGGUUACUGCAAAGUAAGUUGCUUUGUUAAAA